AUGGCCUCUUCGAGCUGGCGGUUCUCGUGCUGUACCAUGGCCUACCUCGUGCUGGCGGUUCUCCCCUCCUCCGUCAUCGCCCACGGACGUCUGACUUUCCCCGUCCCAUACUCUGGCCGGCCCGGAGCAUACGAGAACGACCCCGUCGACAGGAACAGCGACAGCUUUGCGUGCCGCUGGACCGAGCAGCAGAACCCCACCGCGUACCCUCCAACGUCCGUCACGGCGGGUAGCACGAUUGAUGUCCAGUACGACCUCUCCGCGCUUCACGUCGGCGACUGCGCCUUUUACCUCUCCUACGACACGACCUUGCCCCGGGCGCAGAAGCAGUGGUUUAAGAUCGCCAAUGUUCCCGACUGCAAGUCCAAGAGCGGCCAACGCUUCAGCAUCGACCUCCCACAGUGGCUGCCGGGUGGCGACGCCAUUCUGCGGUGGGAGUGGUACGCCAUCCACGUGUCGCCUCCCGAGUUCUACUCACAGUGCUCCGACCUGGAAGUGACGCCCACGAGCCAGGCGGUCGACGUUGGCCAGAUCAGCCCCAGGAUGACGGCGUUCGAGACCCUGCCUGUCGGCGGGUACGCCUCAACAUCGCAGGACUUGAACGCGUUCACCUCCAUCUCCUGGGCAGCCUGGGACGCAUUCCGCUAUCCCUGGGCUGACGGAGGGGUCAUCGGUGACUACUUCUUCUUUGCAGGGCCGCCGUGCGCAAGCUUUGACGGGAAUGCCUUUGACGAAAAUGACUGCGCUUGCACCGCGGUCGGCACCGGCGGGCGAGGAGGCAUCUGUGGAGGCGCCCAGCCCAACGAGGGCGCCCCACCCCUCAGCCUGCCACCGCCGCCGCCGUCGCCGCCGCCACCUCCACCAUCACCACCGCCGCCUCCACCUACCCCACCAAACCCCAGCUCGUCGCCUCUACCGCCUGGGCAAGAGAUCUUGCCUCCUCCUCCUCCUCCGGCCCCGCCGCCUCCCCCGCCUCCACCUUCGGCUUCGCCGCCGCCGCCGCCGCCGCCGCCGCCGCCGCCGGACGACUCGGGCACGUCCAACGUCUACAUUGAGCUCGUCCAGUGCUUCAACGACUGCUUUGAGAGCUACAUGACCGCUGCGUCCUCCAUGCGUUCCAUGCCCUAUGACCAAGAUGCGGCGGGCCUCGAUCUCCUCGGUGCUGUCGAGGCGGUGAUGCCCACCGCGAACUGCGAGAUCAAAGCGGGCGGGAACGAGACAGGCGAGCCGUCGAUCUCCGACGGCGGCGCCAGACUCACCACAGAGUCGAGCUUUGAUCUCCUCGCCGCCGGCCUGGCGGGAGUUGGCGUGGGCCUCGCCCUCGGCGCCUUGAUUGGGUCUCUGGUGACCCUCGCGCUGGUGUCCCGCGCUCGGAACGCAGGGCGGCGCGCUGGCUCCUUUGAGCGGGCGAACGGCGAGAAGGCGCUGCACGGCUCGGUGUGA